AUGGGAUUCAGUGCUUACCGUUUUUCCAUAUCAUGGUCACGUAUCUAUCCAGAUGGAUUAGGAACCCAAGUCAACAAAGAAGGGAUCAAGUAUUACAACAAUCUUAUAAACUACCUUCUCGAAAAGGGAAUUGAGCCAUGUGUAACAUUAUACCACUGGGAUCUCCCAUUGCAUCUUGAUGAGUCAAUAGGAGGGUGGUUAAGUGACUCAAUAGUAAACUAUUUCGCAAUCUAUGCAGAAACUUGUUAUGAAAAUUUUGGUGAUAGAGUGAAAAAAUGGAUAACAAUCAAUGAACCACUUCAAACAGCAAUAAAUGGAUAUUUUACUGGCAUAUUUGCCCCUGGAAGAAGUGAACGUUUUUCAGCUGAACCUUAUUUGGCUGCUCACCACCAGCUUUUAGCCCAUGCACAAGCUGUUUCAAUAUACAGAACCAAAUUUCAGGCUCUACAAGGUGGCGAAAUAGGAUUGGUUGUGGAUUGUGAAUGGGCUGAGCCCUUAACAGAUAAGGAAGAAGACAUAACUGCUGCGAAAAGGCGUGUUGAAUUUCAGCUUGGAUGGUACUUGGACCCGAUAUUUUUUGGAGAAUAUCCUAAAUCUAUGCAAGAGAGGGUUGGAGAGUUGCUUCCUGUAUUUUCUGAGAAAGAUAAAGAUUUGUUAAAAAAUUCAUUGGAUUUUGUUGGGUUGAAUCAUUAUACAUCAAGAUUUGUGUCGCAUAAAACAAAUGAAAAAGAAAACCAUUAUUUUAGAGCACAAGAGAUGAGAUUAACAGCUGAAUGGGAAAAUGGUGUAAUUGGUGAAAAGGCAGCAUCAUCAUGGCUGUACGUUGUUCCAUGGGGUCUCCGGAAAGUUCUUAAAUACAUAGCUCAAAAGUACAAUAAUCCACCAAUAUAUAUUACCGAAAACGGCAUGGAUGAUGAAGACAAUGAUGCAUCUCCCCUACAUGAAAUGCUAGAUGACAAAUUGAGAGUUGCAUACUUUAAGUCCUAUCUUGCAGCUGUUUCUCUUGCUAUCAAGGAUGGAGUUGAUGUGAGGGGAUAUUUUGCAUGGUCAUUGGUGGAUAAUUUUGAGUGGCCACAAGGAUAUACAAAGAGGUUUGGUUUGAUUUAUGUUGACUAUAAAAACGGUCUUACACGUCAUCUCAAGUCAUCGGCUUAUUGGUUCAUGAGGUUUUUUAAAGGUGAAGAUGGGAAAAAUGGCAAAGAAGAUUGAUGCAAACUUUUAAUGUUUCAAUUUGGAUAUAAAUUUAAGGUCAUUGGUUACGGUAGCAAUGAAGUUUGCGGGGUGCUGAUGUGGCAUGUUGGCUUCAACAGGAACACCACAUUAUGUGACAGUGAUGGAUGAAAGAUGAAAGCUAGCCUUAUUUUGGAUACUAUUUCAUGCCCACUAACACUAUCAGAUCGUUAAAUACUUAAAUACAUGUAAAACUACUAGUAUCACCAACAUUUACAUUAUUAAAUAAUGUCUUCCCACAUUGUAAUAAUAUACUUUACAUAGCCAUAUUUAAUACAUAACUAUAGAUUAAAUAAAAAACCAAAGACAAAAAUGCAUAGAUUGGCUAACCCGACCCAUCAAGAUUUGACUUGUCAUCCAAUCUGUUACAUUUGCAGCCUCUAGCAAGCACACAUGUCUACCCGCUUU